AUGAUCACUUUAUUCACUACUCAGUCUAAGCAAGAAGCUGGUGGUAAUGGCGAAGAUGGAGGUGGAGAAAACGGCAAUGGUAACGGUGGAAAAAAAGGCAACGGUGAAGGUGGAGAAAACGGCAAUGGUAACGGUGGAGAAAACGGCAAUGGUAACGGCGGAAAAAACGGCAAUGGUGAAGGUGGAGAAACCGGCAAAGGGAACGGCGGAGAAAACGGCAAUGGUGAAGAUGGAGAAAAUGGCAAGGGGGAAGGCGGAGAAAACGGCAAGGGCGAAGGCGGAGAAAACGGCAAGGGCGAAGGCGGAGAAAACGGCAAGGGCGAAGGCGGAGAAAACGGCAAGGGCGAAGGCGGAGAAAACGGCAAGGGCGAAGGCGGAGAAAACGGCAAGGGCGAAGGCGGAGAAAACGGCAAGGGCGAAGGCGGAGAAAACGGCAAGGGCGAAGGCGGAGAAAACGGCAAGGGCGAAGGCGGAGAAAACGGCAAGGGCGAAGGCGGAGAAAACGGCAAGGGCGAAGGCGGAGAAAACGGCAAGGGCGAAGGCGGAGAAAACGGCAAGGGCGAAGGCGGAGAAAACGGCAAGGGCGAAGGCGGAGAAAACGGCAAGGGCGAAGGCGGAGAAAACGGCAAGGGCGAAGGCGGAGAAAACGGCAAGGGCGAAGGCGGAGAAAACGGCAAGGGCGAAGGCGGAGAAAACGGCAAGGGCGAAGGCGGAGAAAACGGCAAGGGCGAAGGCGGAGAAAACGGCAAGGGCGAAGGCGGAGAAAACGGCAAGGGCGAAGGCGGAGAAAACGGCAAGGGCGAAGGCGGAGAAAACGGCAAGGGCGAAGGCGGAGAAAACGGCAAGGGCGAAGGCGGAGAAAACGGCAAGGGCGAAGGCGGAGAAAACGGCAAGGGCGAAGGCGGAGAAAACGGCAAGGGCGAAGGCGGAGAAAACGGCAAGGGCGAAGGCGGAGAAAACGGCAAGGGCGAAGGCGGAGAAAACGGCAAGGGCGAAGGCGGAGAAAACGGCAAGGGCGAAGGCGGAGAAAACGGCAAGGGCGAAGGCGGAGAAAAUGGCAAGGGGGAAGAUGGAGAAAAUGGCAAGGGGGAAGGUGGAGAAAACGGCAAGGGGGACGGCGGAGAAAACGGCAAGGGUGAAGAUGGAGAAAAUGGCAAAGGUGAAGGCGGAGAAAACGGCAAUGGAAAAAAUGAAAAUGGGGAUGUAGGGAAUGGCAUGGAUGAAGGUGGGGUCAAAGGCUACAGCACUGACACAGAUGUGGACUAUGGUGAUGGUACAGAUGAAGGUGCAGACCCUGGCAAAGACACAGGUGGAGAAAAUGGCAAUGGCAAAUACCAUGGUGAGAAUUAUAUGCAAGGUGAAUAUGAGGGUGGAAAAAAUCAUAGAGGUGAUAACAAAUGA